AUGCUCCACGAGACAAACAGCUAUGUCCGCAGUUUUAAGUAUGCUCUCGAAAAUAACACUUCUUCUGAUUUCAUUAUUGUAUUUGAUGAUGACAAACGGCUUCAGGGAGAGCACGAACGUCGUUACAAUGCUCCCGCAAGUAACGAAGUUUCCGUCAUUGUCAGUGGUGAUCAGCACAACAGACGUGACAUUGUUAUCGAAUCUCGCGGCAGUGGGCUCCGAAGAAUCAGUGAAACGCACCGGUCCUACGAUGCACUGCAAUACCCACUUCUCUUCCCCUACGGAGAAGAUGGGUACCACUUUAGCAUUCUGCAAAAUGGGCCCCACUUACAAACAGUGUAUUGCAGGGCUUUCUACGCUUAUCUAUUGAUGGUACAUGAGGGUGCAUUCAAUCAUCUUCAUCGAAGCCGGACACGUUUCCAUCAAUUCAUAGUAGACAUGCCUGCUAAGAUGGAAACCGAAAGACUCUGUUACAUCAGAUUGAAUCAGACCAGGUUACGCUGCGACUUUUACAUUCACCUCCGUGAUGCUUUACGAAAUGACCCUGAUCCACGCAAUAUAGGCAAGAUGUGCAUAAUACAUGCAACGUUCACAGGCUGUCCACGAUACAUGCAGGCGAGGACGCAAGACGCGAUGACAUACGUUCGUAAGUACGGCCGUCCAGACCUAUUCAUAACUUUCACGUGUAACCCAUAA